GGACCACCACUACUGUGGAUAGGAGUUAGCAACAAUUAUGUUGCGCCGGAUCCUGACCUUGCUCAUUCACCCGUUGUUUUUCCCCAGCAGCGGUGCAGUCAGGGAAGGCGUCAUGUUUUAUGCGGUGCGGAAGGGCAGGAAGACCGGGGUAUAUCGCAGCUGGGAGGAAUGUAGAGAACAAGUUGACCGAUAUCAGAAUGCCAGCUUUAAGAAAUUUGCAACAGAGGAAGCUGCUUGGGACUUUAUACAUGGCGAGUCAGGAGAACGAGCAGGCCCAUUGGCAGAGGAUCCAAGAUGUGCUGGUGCAUUGUCAUGUGAUGGCUCAGCACCUGUUCCUGAAGGAACCAGUGGUGUAGCUAUGGAAAGGCAAAGUAGUAAUCAUUACCAUGAUAACAAGGCUACAACUUGGUCAGAUUACAGCUCAUACAAGCGACCAUACAGCCAGCCUUCAAAAAGCCAACAUGACAGAAAGCGCACAAAAUACACUGAAAUACCUUCAUCAGAAAACAAAGAUAAAUUCUCAUAUGUAGGAGAUUAUGCUGUUGUUUAUACAGAUGGAUGUUGUUCCAGUAAUGGGCAUCGUAAAGCAUGUGCUGGAUUGGGUGUAUACUGGGGACCCAGUCAUCCUCUAAAUAGCAGUGAGAGACUUACAGGACGGCAGACCAAUCAAAGGGCUGAAAUUCAUGCAGCUUGCAAAGCAAUAGAACAAGCAAAGAGCCAAAAUAUCAAGAAACUAGUGAUCUAUACUGACAGCAAGUUCACAAUUAAUGGUAUAACAAAUUGGGUUCCAAAUUGGAAGACUAAUGGUUGGAGAACCAGCACAGGAAAAGAUGUGGUGAACAAAGAAGACUUUGAAAGGCUUGCUAAGCUUUCAGAAGGCAUGGACAUCCAGUGGAUGCAUGUUCCGGGUCAUGCUGGGUUUACUGGAAAUGAAGCCGCUGAUCGACUAGCAAGAGAAGGGGCUGGAAAGGCCUUAUCAUAGCAUUUUAUUACUAGACAUUUUUGUUGAGUUUUGGGCUCAUAAAGAAUAAAGACCUGUACAAAAAAUUGCAUUCAGUUGCCAUCUAGCUGCUGCAGAAUUCAGAAGAUUCGGGUGUUAAUCGUUACACUGUUUUAAAAAUAGGGAUUUUAAAAGAGAUCUGAUUUAAACAAUGACGGUUUCAAGCAUUGGACAUCUCACAUUUUUAUGAAGCAUGUCGCUAAAGUCUCACAUGUUUCCCAAUUUUCUGAGUUGUGUGUUUGAGUUGUAUAAACUUUGUAAAGGUAGGAAAGUGAGAAGUGUCCAAAUAUAUGAGCAAAGGAAAUACAGUCUGAUUGCUUGGACAACACUGUGUUUCCUAUGGAGAGUUUUAAAAUAAACUUUAUUUUUUGUUUUAA